GUACAAUUAGGAGCAGCAUAGCAUUAGGGUUUUAUCAAAGUUGGAUAAUAUUAGCAAUUUUCCAUCAACAACAAACCGCUCUAUAAUUCCCACAAUUUCCAGUUCCUCUUGAUUACCGAAAAAAAAAAAAAAAAAUCAAACAUGGAGAAAGAACCUGUUCCUUCAUCAAUUACCGCAGAAGAACCUGAACCCAAAAAGCAAAAAAUGUCCAUAACUUCCGACGACGAAGAAGAAUACGACGCCUCCGCCGCCGACGGAGCCGGAGAUGGUGCAGCACCGGCACGGAAACCGAGGUACAAGCGUCGGAAAAUAGCAAUAUUCUUUGCUUACUGUGGCGUAGGUUAUCAAGGUAUGCAGAAGAAUCCAGGAGCUAAAACAAUCGAAGGUGAUUUAGAAGAAGCACUUUAUCAAGCAGGUGGCGUGCCUGAUCAUGACAAGUGUCAACCUAGAAGGUACGAUUGGGCUCGUUCUGCUCGUACUGAUAAAGGCGUUAGUGCUGUAGGUCAAGUAGUUUCGGGUCGGUUUUACGUCGACCCGCCAGGUUUUGUUGAUCGAUUGAAUUCUAUUCUAGCUCCGCAAAUCCGGAUCUUCGGGUUUAAACGGACAACGAAUGCGUUUAAUGCUAAGAAGUUUUGUGAUAAGCGAAGAUAUGUGUAUUUGGUUCCUGUUUUUGCUCUUGAUCCAUGUGCACAUCGUGAUAGAGAGAGUGUUUUAGCUAGUUUAGGAUCUGGAAAUGAGCUUGUUAAGUGCUUACAUUGUUCAGAACGGGGUCGUAAAGUCAUUGGAGCAAUGGGGAAACGCGUUUACGAUCCAAAAACUAAGUCGGUAAUUGUUGUUGAUGCACCAACAAGUGAAGGUAAUGCAGUAAUUGAAAAUGGAGAUUCUUUAAGUGAGAAUGUUGAAGAAAUGAACGAUGAGAAUGCUAAAGUAGUUGAAGAACGGGUGCAAGAGAGUGUCUUUAGCUAUGGAGAGAAAGAGAAAGAGAGAUUUAAUCGAAUUUUGAAGUACUAUGAAGGAACUCAUAAUUUUCAUAAUUUCACGACGAGGACAAAAGCUGAUGACCCUGCUGCGAAGAGAUAUAUCAUUUCGUUUAAUGCAAAUACAGUAGUUAAUGUUCAAGGCAUUGAAUUUGUGAAGUGUGAGGUUAUUGGCCAGAGCUUCAUGCUUCAUCAAAUCCGUAAAAUGAUUGGUCUUGCUGUAGCUAUCAUGAGAAACUGUGCUCCUGAAUCCUUAAUUGUAACUGCCUUCCGAAGGGAUGUCAACAUCAAUGUUCCCAUGGCGCCUGAGGUUGGAUUAUAUUUGGACGAAUGCUUUUUCACCUCGUAUAACAGUAAGUGGAAGGAUACUCAUGAAGAAGUGUCUCUGACAGCUUAUUCAGAGAUGGCCGAAGAAUUCAAAAUGAAGCAUAUCUAUAGUCAUAUUGCAUUGACGGAGCACAAGGAAGGGACAAUGGGCGUAUGGCUGCAUUCCCUGAACCAUCGUAAUUAUCCUGAUCUGCGUGCCGUGGAUCUUGGUAAACCUGCUGGUGAUGGUUCAGAAGUUGUUGAAGUUGUUGAAACUGCUGUUGAUGCUGGUUUAGGUGUUGUCAACAAUGGUGAGAGUACCGAUAAUGUUAAUUCUACUGGUGCUGGUGAUAGUCCAGACGUUACUAAAACUGUUGUGGAGGCUGGUUUAGGUGCUGCUAACAAUGGUGAGAGCACUGAUAAUGUUGAUUUUGCUGGUGCUGGUUCAGCAGUUACUGAAACUGUUAUUGUGGCUGAUUUAGGCUCCAUCAAUAAUGGUGAGAGCACUGAUAAUGUUACCUCUGCUGGUGCUGGUGCUGGUUCUGGUUCUGAGGUUUGUAAAACUGUUGUUGAGGCUGAUUUAGUUGCUAUCAACAAUGGUGAGAGUACCAAUGCAACAAAUGGCGAGGCAGGGCAUGAUGCUGAUUUGGUUGACUCGUAGGCUAUUAUGCCGUGUCAAACAACUCUCUGCAUUUCGUGGCACCAAUAUCAUGUAAACUUUUUCCCUAUUUGUUCUAUUCUUUCGAGGGAAACUCCAAGUAGCAAAUACAGAAAGAUCUUGAUCCUAUUUCUAGAAUAUGUCAAAUCAAGUCUUGAAACUUCGUUAAGUUUGCUAAAGGUUUAGUUUUUGUUGAAAUGGAGCAAGAUGGUUCAGUUUUUGUUGAAGUGAACAAACUUAAUUUGAUAAAUUAUAUGUUUCUAUUUAAUAUUGA